AUGUCGCGUCCUCUGGCUCAUAGUGUGAGAAUAUAUAAUGAUGUUAUGGAAAAAGGUAAGGAUGCCUUCAUAGAAAAAAAAGAUCCAAAUACUAAAAGAUUUCCAAUCUGCAACUACAAUCUGGGUAAAGAUCUCAUCAUAUUUACAUCUGACGAAACUCUUGACGAAUACAAGCAGGCGGAAAGAGUGUCAAAAACCUCGGAAAAUUUUGAUCUGUUUUUGCACAAACAACGUCAGGGUUUAGCUAUGCCGUUGCUUGAAAUGAAGUUCCACAAGAGGAGUAAAUUCGGUAGUAGCAAACUCUUCACUAUAAGCAAGUUCACUCCACCACCUCCCGACGCACAAAAAUUAUUCGAUAAAGGCAAAGAUAAGUUUAAACUCUGUACAAUUUUCAAGAAUCCUGGUGAGAAGUAUGACAAGUACACUUUCAAAUUCGAACCAAAUCCUCAAAACCCGUCAGAAAAUUUCGAAACAUACGUAUUCUUCCAUCACGAAAUUCCCAUAUCAGAUAUACCUAAGACUGGGGAAAUUAACGAAAGGUUUAGAUGGGUUCGUACCGAUAGCAAUAAAACUCUGCCUUAUACAUAUACUCUAUGUAUGUUGGCUGCUGGUCAGCCGUCAAUGGUUGAUAACAUGGAUACUACAAAUAUGGAGUUGGACCCUCAAAACGAAUUUCUAACAUUGUCGCCAGAACAGCACAUGGAUCUUGGCUCACCUCACGUACUCGCAAAUCUAGUUCAUUUGAGUUACAGUCGUGCAUCAUAUUCAAUUCAAAGGACCGCAAGGCUUGAUAUCAAGAUCCGAAAAGAUCGUAGGAAUUUGGAAUCAGAAAGCAUACAUUCUGUGACCCUGGAUGACUUGCUUUUCAUAACCAAUUCCGUCAUAUUUAAGUAUUUUGAAGAAUUAAACAGAACAUAUAAGGAUGCCUUACAAAAUUUAGCUAGUUCGUCGUUUUCUACUGGGGGCAUGUAUUAA